CCAUGUCUCUAGCGUGAAAACUAUUGUCUUUGAGAAGAAAUAGUCAGAUCAGAAGAUUCCAAACAAAUUUCAACACUGCCUUGUGUAUAUCAUAUAUGAACGAAGAGUCUCGACUCUUGACCCAAUAAAUAAACGAGUGGCCGUCGGCCCUCGGCCCUCUGAAUGAAGUGAAAUUAGAAAACCAGCAGAACGGUAAGAAAUUGUAAUCAAGAAGAAGAUCGAGGAUAACACAAAGGAUCGAAUCGAUGGAUUUCAUCAAAUCCUUCAAGGGCUACGGUAAGGUGGGGGAGACCGAGAACCAGGCGUUCCGUCGGAAGCGUCUGAUCAUCGUUGCCGUCUCUGCCAUCGUACUGCUCACGGUCAUCAUCGCAGCGACCGUUGGUGUCGUCGCACAUAAUGAUAACAACGAUCAUGACGAGAAGGGGGCGACCUCGACCUCUCCGUCUUCUUCUUCUUCUUCAUCAUCAUCAUCCCCCAUGACCCUCGCCGAUUCAAUCAAAGCCGUGUGCAACGUCACACAAUUCCCCAAUUCCUGCCUCUCCGCCCUCUAUUCAGUGGAUAAGGGAGUCAUGACCAGCAACAAGGCAGCAGAUCCGGAGGUGCUGUUCAAGCUGUCCAUGGAAGCCACUGUGAACGAGCUCUCGAAGCUGUCGAGGCUGGCAGACAAGCUGAUAGCUGCCAGGGUCAACGACGACGUCCGAGAAAAGAUGCCGCUCCUCGAUUGCAAGAGUCUCUACCAAGAAGCCAUCUACCAGCUUAACAUAUCCAUCUCCUCCAUGCAGUACUCAAAGGGUGAGGGUGAUAGGAAUAAGUUAACGCUGUCACCGUCGAAGAUCGACGACAUCAAGACAUGGCUGAGCGCCGCCUUAACAGACCUGCAGACAUGCUUGGACGGCCUGGAGGAGACCAAUUCGACGGCGCUGGCGGAGAUGAGGCAGGCGAUGCAGAAUUCCACGGAGCUCACCAGCAAUAGCCUCGCCAUCGUCUCCAACAUCUUCUCCCUCCUCCACGACUUCGACAUUCCCAUCCACCGCCGGAAGCUUCUUGGAUUCGGUUUCUCCAAGUGGGUCGGGCCCUCGGAUCACAAGCUGCUUCAGGAGGAGAAGGACCGGGAGGAGGGCAACCCCACCAAACCCAUUGUAACGACGGUGGCGGAUGACGGGACAGGGAAAUACAAGACCAUCACGGAAGUGAAGAGCGCAUCGAGAUUCGUGAUCUACGUCAAGGAAGGACUGUACAAGGAGAACACCGUCGUUGAAAAGUCCAAGUGGAAUGUGAUGACGUACGGUGAUGGCACUUGGCAAGAGUAGACUAAGAUAAGAUCGUUUAUGGUAACCCUCUUUUUUUUGACUUCCUUAAUUUGCCAAAGAUAUUUCGACUCAGACAAUCCAACCAGAACAGGGAGGGUAAAUUGAGGAGAGAGAGAGAGAGAGAUCUAGUCUAGGAGCCAGGCCGCUUUUUUUUUUUUUUUUUUUUUUUUGUCUUUUUCGUCUCUCCUAAGACCGUGCGCCCAACCAUCUAGGCAACUCACUCGCGCGUGGGUACAGAAUAAAUAAUUCCAUGACCUCUUCCCUUGGGUGCCGAUUUCAUAAAUCGAAGCUACCACCAUUAGGCUAUCCUAGUGUUCGUAGGCCGCUUGCUUUUGUUAAUAAAAACUUCAAAUAAUUUGUUUUUU